AAUCUUCAAAGUCUUGACUCUAUCGCUCAGACAGCCUGAAGCUAGCCAACGGUCGUUUCGUCGUUGAGGAGUGGGUCGACGCUGCAUUUGCAAUGGUCUGAGCUCGAAGAACCUCAGGGUCACGGUCGGUUUCUAGCACUCCAUUCGAGCCAACACCUAAUGGCCGAAUGAUGGGACCUCAGAGUCAGACAUCGCACAGCUGAGAUCAGGCGUGCUCGAUUAUCCAAGAUGGCCACACAAAAGCCACCUACCACAACAUCAACCUACAUUGACCUUGACUACAUCGCCUCUGACGCCUUUUCACCAUACAGCCACGCUAACAAUCUCGUACUUGCAACCAACAAUCCCUCUGAUCCCACAAUUGACCUCACAACCCCCUUGUCACGAGUCCUGUUCGAUCUGCAGGAGAUAGACUCUCAUAUUCACACCUUGACUUCCCGGUCCGCGCUUGACAUCUUAACCUACACAUCGACUCAAAAUGCGGCGGCCCAGACCAUCCUCUCACGAGUUGAAGAAGAGCGCGUCCGACUUGUCGAGAGCUACGAGCGACUUGAACAAGAAGUCCUCGUCCGGCAUCAGCGAGCUGUCGCUGCGAAGACCACGGCCCAACGAAGCCUUCAAGUCAUUCACCUUGGACGCAGCGUGCAACGAAUCCUUGGCCUAGCCAGACAGUUUGAGAUGAUCAUGCCUGAGUCCGGUCUCGGAGCUGCCGGCCGACUUGGGAAGGAGGACCACAGUGCUCUUGUCGAAGCAUCGUUUUCAAUCUUAGCAUUUCGCGACGCAAUGAGUGGCGCGGAUAGCGCUGACCUGAGCCGAGUCAGCGUUGUCAAAACAUUACGUGGCAGGGUUUUUGAGGACGGAGAAGCAAAAAUCCUCGACUUCGCUCGACGAGCUGUACGCGAAUUCUCGAUGAGUACGCUAUCUUCAGCACCUUCGGGCGGAGCAGCUGCAUCUGGUCCUACAUUCCGUGAGGCAGAGGACAGUCGUGCGCGAUUCACAAGCGCAACGCACAUUCUCUACUUGUUGUCUCCUGCACCUCACAUUGACGGCGAGAAAAUGUCCAAGACAGACUUUGAGCCUGAAUAUCUACUGCGCGCGUUGCAAAGUUAUCUACAAACGGCUAUCACAUCGAGUUCAGCGUCUAUCGGUAGGGCGUUGGGCCAGCUUCCUAUGCUAGACCGCGCUUUGCUGGAGGCGAGUGCAAGGUGUCAAAAUGUGGUGGCUCUCGAAGUCCUACUGCGAGGGAUAUUUGCUCCUGAACAUCCACUACUGCGGGACCAGGAGACGUCGAUGUCUAAUAGCAACACCAAAGAUGAUAGUGAUGACGACGAUGCCGAGAUUACGGGAGCAACAACGGUGCCCUCUUCAGAGAGUUUCCUCUACUUGCUUCUCAACGCACUGGACACGGCAUCACUGCCGUCGUACUUCUGGAGAUCCCUAGCAUCGUCACUAUCUUCUCGUGUGUCCGAGAUUCUGAAUCGUGGAGGGGUUUCUGCUCGCGCGCUUAAGAGCCAACGCGAGACCGUCCGGGCUGAGAUACGCGAAUGUGUCUUACGUGGAUCGAGGAUGCCAAAGACCGUUGUUCUAGGAGAUGCGCAAGCGGCUCCGAAAGGAGAAGAGCCAGUUGAUAAUUGGGAAAGGGAGGCUGCGGUCAUGGUGCAAAGUGUUGUAGGCCUACUAGGUCGUUGAAGAUAGAAGCAUGCCAGUGCAUAUUCGGACCAUUGAUGAAAUUUGCGCCAGCUAGCUGAUGCUUUGCUCGACCGUCAGUGAUGGCAGCAAGAGAAAGGAGCGAAGAAUAUCUAUUAGGAUCACUCUGGUAGGGGAGCAGAUGUUGUCGUGGCCUUUCCUGAUGCAACCCUGUCGCAUCUCUACCUUCAGGCGUACACUUGUAGGUCGUAUC